AAAGAGGAGGCCAGGUAUGAGUACAAGCGCGGGAUAGUGCAGCUCCUGCUUCCUCUAGUCACACAGAUAAAUAUGGCAUUGGGCAGGGUCCGAGUGAACGUACUGCGCGCGCUCCAGUCGAGUAAUAUCGAGGAGGACCGCACUUCGGUGGCGAAAUGUGUAUACUGUUUUUCUGUUAAAUGCCUGGACUAUUGGACUAUUAUGAUCUCUUUCGGCAAGGCGACAACUAACUCUAGAUGUAUGGGUGAAAUCCCAAUCUCACAACUAGAACAGGGGCGGAGCGCAGAGCAUCUCUCUGGGUCUCACCUGUGUGCGUGUCUGAAUUGGACACUCCACACAGCGCAAACGAUGUGAGAACAAGCGGGAGAUGAAUCUAACGAAUUCUUACUCCAAUUUUGGACAUUCAUUUUCAACGAAUCUUUCACUUUUGGGACCUCAACAUGAGCACAACAACAGGAGUUUACAGGAGGAUACCAACCCCUACCCGGACUUGUUCUUAUUUUCGGGACACGAACCGAGCACCAUCGUGUUGGUGGUUAUGUACUCUCUGUCCUUCCUCACGGGGCUCGGAGGGAACAUUAUGGCUCUCCUGGUCCUCACCCGAAAGAGGACGGGUCUGGCGGGAGUGUCGGCGACCCGCAGACUGCUGGUGAACUUAGCGGUGUGUGACAUGAUGGUGGUAUGUGUGUGCAUGCCAGUUAACCUGGGACUCCAGGUCUACAACGCCUGGGUGUUCGGUGAGUUUCUGUGCCGCACCGUGCCGUUCGUUCAAGCGGUAUCGGUGUCUGCGAGCGUCCUGAGCCUGGCUGUGAUCAGUCUGAACCGCUACUACAGCGUGCACAAUCCUCUCCACGCCCGUUUUUUUUUUACCGGGCGGCGGAUACUGUGUAUGAUCUGUGUGGUGUGGAGCGUGUCGUCGGGGCUGUGCAUACCGCUCCUCUUCAUGAACACCACCCAGACUCUGUCGCUGCUGGACAUCACCGUCACUGUGUGCGUGGAGAGCUGGAACGAAGUCAAACUAAAACAGAGAUAUAGCUUCCUGCUCUUUUGCUCUCUCUACGGCUUUCCGGUGUUGUUUAACCUGGUUAUAAGCGUGCUGACCGGCUGGAAGCUGUGGGGCACCGAUGACAAACGGACGCAAGAUUCAAAUACAUUUGGCGUUAAGCUAUCACUGUCCCGCCUCAAAGUGCGUAAAAGGAUAGCCAAGAUGGUGCUGUCACUAGUUGUGCUUUUCACACUGUCCUGGUUACCUCUGUAUGUAGUGGACAUAUGGUUAGACUUGAACAUGACUGCAUCUUUAAAGAAUGAGGAUGAUGUGAACCAGGUCAACCACGAGUGGAUUCUUCACGGGAGACCAUUUGCGCUAUGGCUGGGUCUGACCAACUCUGCUCUCAACCCGCUCUGUUAUUGUUUCGUGGGGAACUUGCACAGGUCUGCGAAACGGUUCAGGAAAAGCUACCGACUGAAACUGUCGUCAGUGUUCAGUCUGUUGCCACAGCAGUCCUCCAUGACUAUGGGCAGCAUCUCAGUGCCCAAAGUCGUGCCAUACAGCAGGGCGCAAUCGGUGAAUCGCAGCGCAGAGAUGGGCGCAUCGAGCAAGUACGCCAAUUUAGGCGACAAACUAACCAAGAGCAAGAGCCUGUCCUCUGUGACAGCGUGUGAGACUGUUUUCGACUGAUUGACAGAGACAACUACCUGGUUACAGGGUGAAGGUCACAGUUAUUUCUCCAAUGGACUGGAAAGCGUUCAUCCUACAGUUCAAAAUGAGAUAUUCUGUGAAAAUCUGUCCCAUUUUCAACGCAACCUCCAAAGCAAAUGGAGAUAUUUGCCAUAAAUGCAAGGAACAGAUUAGAAUGUUGCCCUUAUAAUUAUGAAGUGUGGUGUUGUCUGUAUUAUGGAGUGUGUUGCCGCUUUAAAAACGGCCCAUGAUUCUAGGAUUGUUGAAGAAUCAAAAGGGCAAUGUAAAUGAUGAGCAUGAGGUCCUAUACCUGAUUGUUUUGGGACUUGGCUUCACUGAAUCCAAUUUCAAACAGGCUAUUUGAUGUUGUUUUCAUGUGUACAAAAUAAUGUGCAUCUCAUUCGAUUGUGCAUAAUAGGCUAGUUGUCUUUAUAUAGUGAUCCAAAAUGAUUAAUGUAUACAAUGUAUAAACUCCCUGUUUAAAUACUCGAAUAUAUUUAAUUUACCCUCAAGUCCUAUGAAGUAGAACUCAUCCAUCAACAUUCAAUUCCAAGUCAACGAAAUGAGCUGUAUCCAAAACUUAAAUCGUGCCAAUUAUAAAAACCAUUAUGUUAGUAGUUCAAUUAUAAGGCUACAUUGUAUGACUAUAAUUCUGUAGUUAUUCGUCCAAGUCCAUUCAAAUUACUUCCAUAAUUGUUAAAUUAGAGAAUUGUAGGACCAUCAUAUUUUAUAUUCCUAGUUAUUAUUCCAAGUCCAUUUAAUUUGCCUUCAUAGAUGGUAUAGAUUGAUAUCUCCAUUCAUCCUUUCUCUGGCAAGGCUGUGACGCAUGUCUUUUGGCAGACGGAUCGCUCCCUGCUGACUGGCACCAUUAUGAGUCGAGUUGGCUCCUUGGCAGGGUGGGAUGAGGCCCCGCUGGUGGCCGGGACACGGAGCCUGAUUUCCAGAUUAAAAAUGGUACUGCUGAGACGGCCCGAACCCGCUGCCGGAACCCGCUGUAGGUGACUACAGAGCCCUGGCACCAAAAUCAAUCUCCUGCCAUCUGCAGUUACUGAAGCCUGAUGUAUCUCCACACAACAUGGAAGAUCCCUGGAUAUAUUGUAAAAGUUUUACUUAAAAGCCAUUUUGGUUCUUUGAAGGUUGACGGAUACACUUAUAGCCCGCCCGCCGCAUUAAGGUGCCUCCAACCUCCUGUGAAUUACUGAUUGUCUGCAAUGGUUUUGACAGAGACAUGAGAGAGAGAAGGGAGCUUAGAUUACAUUAACGAAGCCUUCCUUCAUGGACUCUCACAACCCUUCAAGCUUCUCUACCUCGGUGUUUCUGUAAGGCUUUGAUCACUGCAAGAUAGUUUAGCCAAGUGAGUAUUUUAGUGCAUGUGAGAUAUAUCA